UUUUUGCAACUUUAUGAUGAUGAAGCGAGGUCUGCUAAUUUAGCAAGAUUACGGAUGGCAUUAUUGGGGUUAGCUCAUCCUACCUUUCAAGGUGUGCUUGCUAUCCCAAUACUUGAAGUGGCAUGCCAAAAUGUGGAGUAUGUAGUUGGGAUUGGGGAAUUCGCGGGAUCAACACCUCAGUCAAGAAGGGCAACCAUGAUUAGAAAUUUCGGAAUAUAUAGAAGACUGGCUGAGGCUUUAGUAGGACAUGCACUUGCCAAUUGCAAGAUUUUGAUCUUUAGCCACCCCGCCAGCAUAGGGGCAAGGGUUGUUCAUCAUUUUGCACCGUUGCUACCUCUGGGAAACAUCACUAGUCUGACGAGAGCAGACCAGGACAUGGCUGCGUUUUUUAUAGCUGACAGAAUAGAUAUUGAGCUUGAGAAUGUGCAAAAUUUGAUUUGUUGGGGAAUCACUUCCUCUAUACAACACGUGGACAUCACUCAUGGUUGGAUUGAGCCCAAUAAUCAAGCUGUGCAUGCUAGAAUUGGCAAUGACAACUGGGUGAUGGUAGAAUUGACCGGAGCGAUUCGAAACUGUGGAAUGGAUAUCCGGACAAGACUUCUGAGGACUGCGUAUAUAAACAAUGUUGCUACUUCUAUAUGCAAUCACAUUUGGGACUGGUGCUCCGAAACUCCAGCGGUAUUGCAGACUUUUUCCUUUCCUUUUACCCCAAUUUAG